AUGUCAGACCAGGCUGCCGGCGCGGCAGCCGCCCCGGCGGGCGACGGCACCGCCCGGGCAGCGCCGCUCGAGGAGCGGGUGGCGCAGUGCGAGCAGCAGGCGGCGAUCCUGGAGCGCAAGCUGCAGCACCUGCGGUCCUGGAUGGCGGGCGUGCACCAGCAGAUGGCGUCCACCAACCCGCAGCUAGCGAAGAACGCGCGGCGCCUCUACGUUGGCGGCGUCCCGCCGGCCACAACCGAGGAGGAGCUCUACCAGUUCUUCUCGCGCCUCGUCGCCAGGACCGCGGCCGCCGCCGGCCCCGGCCCGGCCAUCACCAGCUGCAAGAUCACGCCGGACAAGGGCUACGCGUUCCUGGAGCUGCGCAGUGUGGAGGAAGCUUCGAACGCGAUGGCCUUUGACGGCGUACAGUUCAAGGAUACAAACCUGAAGGUGUGCAUCAACUACGACGCGUCGGCCGCCAUGCUGCUGGGCCCGCUGGGGCCCGACCCGACGCUGCAGCUGGGCCACCUGACCAUGUGCAAGACUGUGGUGGAGGACUCGUGGGGCAAGGUCUUUGUCGGCGGCCUGCCCAGCGACUGGAGCGACGACCAGGUGAAGGACCUGCUGAAGCCGUUUGGCCAGCUGAAGAGCUUUAACCUCGUGAUGGACAAGGCCACGGGCAAGUCCAAGGGUUACUGCUUCUGCGAGUUCGAGGACGACAGCUGCGUGGAAGCUGCCAUCGCCGGGCUGCACCUCAAGAGCCUCAACCGCAAGAUGCUGACGGUGAAACGCGCCCUCGACGGCCCCGCGCCGCACCGCUCCAACAGUGGCGGCUCAGACUCGGGCAGCCUGGGCGGCCGCCGCAACAGCGGCGGCGGUGCGCCGCUGGGGGCGCCGAGGGACGGCGCGGGCGCUGGCGCGGGGCCGGGCGGGUACGCGUACGGCCGCGGCGGCGGGGGCGGGGCAGGGGCCGGGCCCGGCCUGCUGUUCAACCAAGCGGCCGCGGCCGCUGCGGCGGCGGCGGCCGCUGCGGCGCACCAGCAUCAGCAGCAGCACCACCAGCAGCACGGCGGCGCGCCCUACUCCAUGGGGCUCCCGCCGGCGCCGCACGGCGCCGGUGGCGGCGCGCCCGGCCAGAACGGCUGGCGAGGGAAGCCGCUCGGCGGCGGCGGCCCGCAGCAGGGGGUGCCCCCAGGCCCGCAGGAUGCGGCGGCGGCGAUGGCUUGCAUGUUUGGCUUCGGGGGCCCCAACCACCCAUACGCGCAGCCGGGCCCCGGCGCCGGCAUGCGCCCCGCGCCUAUCCAGCUCCCGCCCGGCGCGUACGGCGGCGUGGGCGCCCCACACGCGCACGCCGCGCCGCACGGCGCCGCCCCGCGCGCGCCAACGGGCGUGCCGGCGGCCAACGGGCCCCGCGCCGCGGCGGGCCACAGCAGCCCGCCGACGCCCAGCCCGCCGGCGCCACUGCCCAGCCAGCCGUCCCCUGGGACGGCCGGACAGGUGUACGAGCCAGCUGCCGGGCUUCUUGGCCGCCCCGCUGGCCAGCGGUUACUGGUGACGUAA